AUGUUUAGGAAACAUGGGAAAGCCGAAGGGAAUCCGUACGGCACGCAAAUUGAAGACACACCGUCAGUCGCAAAGGGUAUCGUUCUUGAGAAGAUUGGUGUUGAAGCUAAACAGCCCAACUCUGCUAUUCGCAAGUGCGUCCGUGUUCAGCUGAUCAAAAAUGGAAAGAAGAUCACUGCAUUCGUACCCAAUGACGGUUGUCUGAAUUUUGUAGAGGAAAAUGACGAGGUGCUUGUGUCUGGUUUCGGACGAUCUGGUCACGCUGUCGGAGAUAUUCCCGGAGAAAGAAGGAGAGACCACGUUCUUAAGCGGUACGAUCUUCGGAGGACAAAUUUGGUGCUGUAUUGUGGACAUCCUAUUGCACAGCAAAUUGCUAGUUGGAGUUGUGAUAUAAGUCUUAAUUCGUUAAGGAUUUACAAAUGUUUUCGGAAGAUGUGA